GUUACCAAAAUGGCAGCUUCCAUGGAUGUUGUGAAUGAUGCCUGGGAUUUUGCUACGAAAUUCCUUAGUCCAUGGGUAGAAAUGGAAAAUGCAACAAGUCAGACUACUGGCUUUGAUUCUGCUGUAAAUAUACUUGGUCAUAAUGGACUGAUUAAUUUGCUAGAAGACUGGUUCUUUGAAGAAGUACAGCGUGACUUAAGACAACGAGUUGCGCCAGUAUUUUGGAACUUCUUUGAAAAUGCUUCUGAAGACGGAACAGAAAAUGAAAAACUUGAGCAAAAUAUUGCCUGUCUUUUACAAGCAGCAGAUUAUCUUCACAAAAUUUCACAGGAGUACCAACCCUGUCUCCAAGCACUGGAGAGUCUGCCAAGGGAGAUAAAUAGAAAUUACUCAAUGCUAGCUUUUUGUGGUGUUGCUAAAGUGACAGAUGUUGUAAGGAUACUAUUCAAAGCUGUGGUGUUUAACAGAGCAAGUAGAGAGUUCAGACAAUGUGUAGGACAGUUUUAUUCUCAAGCUUUCAGAGUAUUCCACUAUCUGAAUCAUGAACUUGAACAAGAGGAGGAUGAAGAGGAGAGUACAGAAUGUUUGGGAUGUAAACAUGAGAAAGAUAGCUGUGAAUGUCAACAGAUAACGCUACGUUUUCAUGCUACAAAUGCUAAACUAGAUGAGGUUGGUGUGUUGGAGCAGGUAUCGGCAACAUCGGUCACAGCUUUGAUACAUGAACAGAUACAACAGCAUGUGGAAAAUACGUGUAAAGGAAACUUUGAAACAGCGUACCUGGACAGUCUCGAGAAUUGGCUGGAACACAAAGUACUAGGCUGGUUAAAGUUGGUAUAUGCUGGAAACAGGACAAACAUUGGUUCAGAUUGUAUCGAGGGAUUCAAGGGCAGAUUGCUUCAUUUCCUGUGGGAAACUUAUGCUAAUGUUCAGAUAGGGCAGCUGUUCAAAAUUAUAAUUGAUUUCCCAGAAUCUGAACCAGCCAUUUUAGAUCUGAAGACUUGUCUGGAGAAAACGGACAUGAGAGCGCAUCUAGUCUCCACACUGAAGACUUCCCUGGAAACAAGGUUACUUCAUCCAGGUGUGAAUACAGCGGAUAUUUUGACAGCUUACAUAUCUGCAAUACGAGCAUUGAGGGCACUAGAUCCUGCUGGGGUAAUACUGGAACUUGUCUGUGAUCCUGUUAGGAAAUAUUUGAGAUCACGGGAGGACACAGUGAGGUGUAUUGUCUCUAACCUCACUGAUGAUGGAAGCAAUGAACUGUUGGAGGAAUUAGUUAAAGGACAACCUUUGUUAGAUGAAUCUGCACAUAAUGAUGAGGAAGAUGUUGACUGGGAGAAAUGGAUGCCUGAUCCUGUUGAUGCAGAUCCUGCUACAGCCUCAAAGAGUCGCCGUGCUUCAGAUAUUAUCAGUAUGUUAGUGAAUAUCUACGGGAGUAAGGAAUUAUUUGUGAAUGAAUACAGAACAUUGCUCGCUGACAGAAUACUUACAAAUUUCAACUAUGAAAUAGAGAAAGAGAUUAGAUAUCUGGAACUGCUGAAGUUAAGAUUUGGUGAAUCUCAGUUACAUUUCUGUGAAGUAAUGUUGAAAGAUGUUGCAGAUUCUAAAAGAAUAAAUUCUCGUAUCACAGAGGAGAGAAAACAGAAAGGAGAAAUUGAGGAUGUUGAGGUGAAUGCUAUGAUACUAUCUGCCCAGUUCUGGCCUGCAUUUAGAGAGGAGAAAGUCACACUACCUGAACACAUGCAGAAACUGCUGGAAGAAUAUACCCGCAAGUUUGAAACACAAAAAGGCAACAGAACUCUUAACUGGAAAUCACAUCUCGGUUUGGUGAAUAUUGAUGUGGAGUUGAAGGAUAGAACAUUAAACUUCAGUGUGUCACCUGUACAUGCAGCCAUCAUCAUGCAAUUUCAAGAACAAGAGAGAUGGACAGUAGAAGAUCUGAGCAGUGCCCUUCAGGUUCCAGCUACAGCACUUAGACGUAAGAUUGCUUACUGGCAGAGUCAAGGUCUGCUGAAGGAGGAACAGACAGAUACAUUCCUAUUGGUUGAGGAACACAAAGGGCGGAGUCAUGAUAUCAUGAUUGGCGAGGAUGAAGAGGCAGAGUCAGCUAUGGCAUCAGCCCAUGCACAGAAAGAGGAGGAGCUACAGGUUUUCUGGACGUAUAUUGUUGGAAUGUUAUCUAACUUGGAGUCACUGCCAUUAGAACGUAUACACAGCAUGUUGAGAAUGUUUGCCAUGCAAGGGACAUCGGGAGAAAUCACUAUACAUGAACUAAAACAUUUUCUGGACAAGAAAGUUAAAGAUCAGUGUUUGGCAUAUUCUGGGGGAGUUUAUAGGCUGCCCAAGACUUCAUAAAUACUUCCUUUAAGUUAGUUUGUUCUAUUUAUUACAAAACACAGGUUAUGUGUUUUCAUUGACGUAUAUUCCUAGUAUGUUCUAUUUAUAGUGAAACAAAGGUUAUAUGUUUUCCUUGAAAUAAAUACAUAUUUCUGCAGAUCUACAUCACUGUACUAAGUCCCAGUAUCAAUGACUCAAUGUGUGUUCAGAUGUAUUCUUUUUACAGUCAUAUUUUUGUCAACCUCAUUUUGUUAAAUUGAAAAACAAAUUUGGAUGCGUAACUUAGGAGUGCUAUAUAAAGUGGUCAAUAAAUUAUGUUUACCUUAA